GCGAGGACAUGUAAAGCUUCUGUGCUGGGGUGAUGGGAUACUUUCUCUACAGUACUGCACUUUAACUUUUUGAUUUAAGAUGAAAAUUAACACAUUUUCAGAUAAACCUUUGCCAGUGAGGAAACUCAUGAAUUACAGACACAGUAGAAGGAUUUCUCAGAAACAGAGUGUCAGUGCUGAUCUGAGGAUGGGACACAUUUUAAUUUGCGUGCUGGGGUUUUUCUUGCUGACUAUCCUUCUCUACUGUGGACAUGCUCAAGAUUCUCUGCUGAUCAUUGAGCCAAACUGGUCCACUUUAUUUACUGGAGAGUCUGUGACCUUCAUAUGUGACAUGAGGGAAGGAAAAGACACUGACUGGUAUUACAGAAUGAACAAGGAUGGUCGAGAAUUUCUCCACUACAACACAAAUAAGAACUACACAUUACAACCACUACAUACAGGCCACAGUGGUGAAUACCAGUGCUUUGGAAGUCCCAUGGUCUCAACAUAUUUGCCAAAGGAAAGUAAUAAAGUCUAUCUAACUGUAUCAGACAAGAACGUGAUCCUGGAAAAUUCUGCAUCCACUGUGUAUGAAGGAGAAUCAGUGACUCUGCGCUGUAGACAUCGGACUCAGACAGAAGAGAAGAACGCUGUCUUCUAUAAAAACGGAUCACUUAUUGAGAGGGACACAAACCAUACAAACACAGUUGAAAUGACCAUUCAGCUACUGUCAGACAGGAGCUCUUACAUGUGUAAAUUUGAUGAGGACGAAGAAUCAGAACCAAUAAAGAUGAAAGUUGAACCACAGAGACCAAAGGCUGAACUGAGAGCUGACAGGAGAGACUUUCCAGCAGGGGGCAGUGUGACCCUGAGCUGCUCUGUGAACCCGUCAUCUGGUUGGAAAUACUUCUGGUACAGAGGAGAGAAAACCUCUGAACCUCUGAACACACAAGAUGCUGUCUUCAUCUCAGAUGGACAAAUCAGUGUCUCACAGGGACGACUCUACUGGUGCAGAGGAGGAAGAGGAGACCCAGUUUACUACACAGAGUACAGUGAUGCAGUCGUCACAAACAGGGCUGUUGUGACUCUGCAACCCAACUGGCCUGAAAUAUACUCAGGAGAGACGAUCAGUCUGAGAUGUGACAUUGAGAACGGAGGAGACACUGAGUGGGAGUAUGAAUGGACGACAUCCAGCUCAUACAAACCUCAAAAAGCAAAUGAUUUUAUCAUCAGAUCUGCUUCAUCAUCACACAGUGGAGAGUACAGGUGUCUGGGCAGAAUGACAAGUGGGAAGUCUUCAACAGAGUGGAGUGAUGCUUUCACAUUGACACUAUCUGACUAUAGACCCCAGCCUGUCCUCACUGUGUCUCCAUCCUGGCUGAGUCCUGGAGCCUCAGUAACUCUGAGCUGCAGAGUUAAAGAUCCAUCUGCAGGAUGGAGGUUCUUCUGGUUUAAGGCUGUUCCCAAACUAUCAGACUACUACUACGACCAAGAGCUGCUACCUGGCAGCAGCAACGGGACUGAACAGGAUUCCUACAUCGUUCAUGGACAGACACACACAGCAGGAUAUAAGUGCAGAGCUGGAAGAGGAGAUCCAGUGUAUUACACUUCUUACAGUGAACCAAAGUUUGUCUGGUCUGGAGAUUUUCAUCCAGCAGCGUCUCUCACAGUGAGUCCUGACAGAGUGCAGCACUUCACCGAAGAGCCCGUGUCACUGAGCUGUGAAGGAAACUCUACUAAGUGGAGAGUGAGGAGGUUUUCUAAAUUUGGCAGCUUGACACACUGUUCUUUCUGGGGGACAAUGACUGGAUCCACAUGCAACACCAAUAGACCAAAGUACAUUGAUGGAGUGUUCUGGUGUGAGUCUGAAACAGGACAGUUCAGCAAUGCAGUCAACAUCACUAGACAGAGCAGUGAUUUGAUCCUGGUGAGCCCUGUCCGUCCUGUGGCUGAGGGAGAUUCUGUUACUCUUGGCUGCCAGAUGAACACAAAAAAUGUUCUUUCUAUUGUGUAUUUCUUUAAAAAUGGAAAACUUAUCCAAAAUGAUACCAGAAAGGAGCUGACUCUCCCUGCAGUGUCAAAGUCAGAUGAAGGCUUUUAUAAAUGUGAAGGAAAAUAUUCACCACAAGAUCAGCUGAGUCAAUCAUCACUAGAGAGCUGGAUGUCAGUAAAAUCGCCUGAAAGCUCUCCAUUUCCUGUGUUGUUGAUUGUUGGGCUGGUUUGUGGAGUUCUACUGAUUAUUCUCCUGCUGCUGUUUCUGCAUCGCUGCAGAAAGUCAAAAGAUUCAUGCUUUAUCAGCAGGUCUCAGAGCACCAAUCAGGGCUCUGCUACAGAUCACAUGAUCAACCAGGAUGAAACUCAACACAAAAAAUACUCUUCUCCUCUCCAUGAUGAUGCUCGUCUCUAUGAAUCAAUCAAAGGCCCUGAAGAAACUGAAAAUGAUGAAUCCAACGAGGUCACAUAUUCUUUGAUUGAGCUGAAAAACAUUGCUAAGAAGGGAAACUCAAGUCCUGCAGCAGCGGAUGAAACAGUUUAUUCUGAAGUCAAACCAGGAACAGUUAUUGGUAAAAAUGCAGCAUAAUAUAAUGUGCAUAUUUGGAUUAGUCACUGUCUUUAUUUAUUUUAUGGAUGGUUAAAUGGGUUAUAAAUGGGUGUAAAAUUUAAAGCAUGGCUUUAAUUCAGCAUCUUUUCAGUUUUUCAUGAAAAAGCUUUACACAUUUGUAACAACAUUUUCUGUCACACAUUUUCCAAUUUAUCUUCAUAAAUAGUUUGAUGUGUUUUAUUUUCACCUGGAUGGAUUUAGUAUGUUUUGUACUUUAAAAGUUUGGUUGACAUAUUUCUACAUCAAUAAACAGCAUUUGCCUGUCA